UGCUCCCUCCCUGCUCCCUCGCAGCGUGUUAUUUAAAACUGGGGACCGUCAUGGCAGGACUACCGAGCAGCUCCGCUCAUCUCAGCCAGGAUACACCCUUCAGUCCGUGAGAACAGCCAUUCUCUGCUCAAAUUCUAGCUCCGAGAGACUCUUCGUUUUUCGAGAUGUCGCUCCCAGUGGUGCUGCCAGGGUCCUGCUGUCCGGUUACCGGUGCUUCGCAGCUUGCGGAGCCGCCUUACCGAAACCGACCGCGCGGCUUAUCCGCCUCUUCCCGGAUCGCUGCCGGUGGGUCACGGCUGUUGCUGCCUGGACGGCCGCUGCUGUCGCUCGGUUUGUUGCAGCUACUGCUCGGCAGCUCCAUGGUGGCGCUGUCCUUUGGAGCCCUCUCCCUCAGCAACUCGCCCCCCAUCCGAAACUCGUGUCCUUUCUGGGCAGGCUCAUCGGUUAUUCUGUCAGGCAUCGUAGGUCUCACAACAUGGAGAAGGCCAAUGCUACUACUGGUCAAUGUGUUUGUCCUGCUGUCUGUGGUGUGUGUGCUCCUUAACCUCGCUGGAUUCAUCCUGUGCUGCCAGGGAGCCCAGCUGGUUUCCAGUAUGACCAGCUGCCGACUGAGUGAGGCUGGAGAUGUGUGUUACUGCUGCUCUCUCUCCCCCAGCACCCAGUGUCCUGAGGAGAAGAUGCUGGAGCUCCACCCUGCUCACUCCUGCAGCACUAUGAGGAUCCUGCUCAAGAAAGUGCUGUUUGCACUGUGUGCUCUGAAUGCUCUGACCACAGCCGUGUGUCUCAUGGCAGCUGCUCUCAGAUACCUGCAGAUCUUCACUACAAGAACACCCUGCAUGGAUGAGGCCAGAGCCACAAUGGAAGAGAGGGAGGAGCCUGCUCAGGUCCCAGACCCAGAUGAGUUUGUGGCUCCAGCCCCUCCCCCCUCCUACUUCUCCACUUUCUACUCAUACACACCUCGCUUGGCCCGGCAGAUGCUCGGGGACAGUGUGAUUCCUCUCCCUCAUAUCUAUGGGGCUCGGUUCAAAGGGGUGGAAGUGUUUUGUCCAUUAGACCCCCCACCUCCAUAUGAGACUGUUGCUGGAAGUUCCACAAAUGCAGUCACACAGGACCCUGAGAUUGCUCUGACAGAGGUGUCUAUGAACCUGACUAUGUCUCCACCAGGAGCCUCUCUGCAAGACAUGAGUCCUCAGACCGUACCAGCAUCACCAAGCGUCCUUCCACAGGCCAAGCCCCAACCACAGCCCCAGCCCCCUCCUCAGCAACAGCAGCAUGCUCCAGCACCGAUUCCCUGGAGGAGAGCAAGGAUCCACCGCUCCAACAGUGACCCAGUUCUGAUGGACAUUACUGCUAAAGUGCAGAGCAGCUGCGACGCCUCCCUCGCUUUGUCUCCUCAGACUACAGAUUCUUCCACCCAGACAUCGCAGCCCACACUGGCUGCUCAUACCCAAGGCCAAGUCACAAUGCGACGAGGCGCCAACAAUGGUAGGGUGCCGCGCCGGCCCAGGCCUUCCUCAAUGGUGGACUACCAGAGCUACCGCCACACACAGCAGCUGGUCAGGAAAAUCCUGGAGCAGCCAGCAGCCCAGGGCCUGGCCCCAGAGGUCCAGGAGCUGGUGGACAGCAUACGUCAUGUGCUUCUGUCAGAUCAGGAGCACAUGGAGGAGGCUGUGCGCUGUGCCAGUUACAUAGAACAGGUGUUCACUGACUCCGUGGUUGGUCCCAGUCAGCCAAAACCUCCCCAGCAACAGUCAGCAGGCAGUUCCUCCCAGACCUUCCCUCGACCCCCCAGGAGAAGACCUGGUUUGCUGCACCUACGGAGCUGUGGGGACCUCAGCUCCUUCACCUGCACUGCACUUGAGUCUCUGGAACAUCGAGGAAGCAGUAGAAAAGUCAGAUCGAUAGGGGGGUCAAGGGCAGGGUCAAGGACAGGAUCCCGCCCAGAUCACCCUGAACGGCCUCACAGUCUGAUCGGAGUCUUUAGGGAGACGGUGCUUUGAGAGAACCAGCAGUAUUAAAAUAUGCAACACAUUUGGAUGCUGCCUUAUCUGUUGAUGAACUGAGAGAAAACUAAAGAAAUCAAACCGUGUGUGUGUGUGUGUGUGUGUGUGUGUGUUCUUGCGAGUUUGUGUGAGUGCAGUUUUUUAAAAAAGGCUUUUGUUCUGUUGAUAUUGUUCUUUUGACAAUUUAUUUGUGAAAUAAAAUAUGGGCACUUUGAAAUGAAACACCCAA